UUUAGUUGAAAUUUAUAAAAAAUUAGAAAUGGAAAAAUUAGAAGAGAAGGAGACAGUUAUAGAGCAAGAAAAAGAUAUUCUGGCAAAAAGUAAAGACAAAGAUUAUCAAAUAUUAGGAGCAGCUUUUAUCCAUAGUAUUACAGGUUCGGAUCAUAUAUCUGAAAAAAGAGCUGACUUUGAAGCCUCUGAUUUGCCUAAAGACUUUAACUUGGACCUUGAGGAAUCAGAAGUGCAGAACUUUGUUCUAAAACUUAAGCCAAUCACUCUUAUUGAUAUUGAUAGUCUUGAGUUUUAUGGCAUUACGUUAAGGAACAAGCAUUUUAUUCUUGACUUAUCUUUUCCUGAUAAAGUACGUGAUUUGAGUUUCUGUAAUAAGAAUGAAGGUGGACUUGAUAUUUCAUACUACUUUAAACAGAUUGCCAAGAUAAGUUCAAGGGUGUUAAAAGUAUCUUUCUAUAAAUUUCAUAUUAAAGAAUCUCAAUUCAAACGAUUACUUGCUUCGUUCAAGCAUGUGAAAUCGUUUAAUCUAGAUUCUUGAAAAUUUAGGAUCCAAACUGUUACUGAUUUUUCUUAUGCCCUCAAAAGAACUCAGAUAGAAAAUAUAUCCCUGAAUUCCAGUGGACUUGGAGUCUUUAAUGAUUGGAAAAAUAAGCCGGAAGAAUUUCAGAAUCUCGUUGUGUCAUUUAGCACUUCACCAGACUUAAAACUUAGUCUAACAACAUUAUGAAUAGUCUUCUGUAAAUUGAAUUCAAGUGAAGUUCUACAACUCCUAAAGAAAAAUGGAUUUGAUAAUUGUAAAAUUAUAAGCAAACCCCCCAUGGUCUAUUUAACUUAAAUAUAAAAACUUGAAAUUUUAA